AUGACCGGUUCAUCAUCCCAGUUCCAACAGCUUGAGAAGCUUGGUGAAGGAACGUAUGCGACCGUGUACAAAGGUCGUAACCGGGCGACCGGUGCGUUGGUUGCAUUGAAGGAAAUCAACUUGGAUUCAGAGGAAGGUACGCCAUCGACGGCGAUUAGAGAGAUUUCAUUGAUGAAGGAGUUGGAUCAUGAAAAUAUUGUCACUUUGUACGAUGUCAUACAUACAGAGAAUAAAUUGACUCUUGUGUUUGAAUACAUGGACAAAGAUUUGAAAAAAUACAUGGAGGUUCAUGGACAACAGGGGGCUUUGGACUUGAAAAUUGUCAAGAGCUUUUUAUUUCAGCUACUUAAAGGUAUCAUGUUUUGCCAUGAUAAUAGAGUAUUGCAUCGUGAUUUGAAACCGCAGAAUUUAUUGAUCAACAGUAAAGGUGAGUUGAAAUUGGGUGAUUUUGGAUUGGCUCGUGCGUUUGGGAUCCCAUUUAACACUUUUUCCAACGAGGUUGUGACCUUGUGGUAUAGAGCUCCUGAUGUGUUGUUGGGCUCCAGAGCUUAUACAACAUCGAUAGAUAUAUGGUCAGCUGGGUGUAUUUUUGCCGAAAUGUGUACUGGUAAACCAUUGUUCCCAGGCACUGCAAACGAUGAUCAAUUAAUCAAGAUUUUCCGCUUAAUGGGUACUCCGAAUGAACGUACAUGGCCUGGCAUCAGCUCUUACCCUAAUUAUAAGAACAAUUGGCAAAUCUUUGUCCCACAGGAUUUGCGUUUGUUGGUGCCUAACUUGGAUUCAAUGGGAUUGAACUUGUUGAUGAGUUUAUUACAGAUGAGGCCGGAGCUGAGGAUUACUGCUAGACAAGCUUUGCAGCACCCGUGGUUCCAUGAGAUAACUAUGCCUACUCCAGUACAGCACCAUUUGAGUGAUCCUUACCAGCAGCAAUAUCAACAACAGCAACAGCAACAGCAACAGCAACAACAACAACAACAACAGCCACAACACCCAGAUGGAGUACAUCAACCUAUUAUUGAUCAUCAAUAUUAA